AUGAAGCCGGCUAUCCAGAGGGGUCCAGUUUCACCAGUAUUCCAAGAAGAGAAGGGAGGGGUGGUACAAGUGCCUGGUGACACCAAGCCGGCAGAGGGACCGCAGGCAUGUCCCGGUGCGCCCUCACGUCCAGCCCGGCCCGCGCCGGGGGUCGCGGGACACGUGCGUCCCUCGGCGCCCUCCCCUCCCUUUCCUCGAAGAUCCCCCGCUCUGCUUGCUCAACCCGCCCUGUCCCAGCGCUUCCGCCGCCCUCUGUCCCCUCGCCCCCGCUGGGCGGCUCCGGUAGGGCCUCGGUCCCGCCUCUGCUGCCCCGCUCCAUAUAUGCGGGCGGCGGCCGCCCGCCUCAGCUCCCUCACGGCGCCCAGGAUGCUGCCAGCGCCGGCGCUGCUGCUCAGCGCGCUGCUGUGGAGCCUGGCCGCUGCCGGCUAUGAAGAACUACCAACAGCAGUCAAUAUUACUUGGUCUUCAAUCAAUUUUAAAACUAUACUACAGUGGCAACCAAAACCAUCAGGCUACUUCUAUACUGUAGAAAUACAUGGACAGACAUCUAAUGUAAAGAGAAAAUGCAUCCUGACUUCAGAAACAGAGUGUGAUGUUACUGAUGUGCUCAGGAACGUGAAGGAGACCUAUACAGCACACAUACUGUCUGUAAUGCCUGCAGAGAUGGAUAACUUUGAAGAGCCACCUUUUGCAGUCUCUGAAAAAUUUACACCUUAUAGUCAGACUGUUAUUGGAAAACCAGAGAUAAAGGAUUAUUCACAAGGAGGUUCCAGACUGAAUGUCGUGUUCAAAGAUCCACUUACACCAUAUGUAUUUCCUAAUGGAAGCUUUCAAAGUAUUCAAGAUAUUUUCCAGCAUGACCUGGAAUACAAACUCUAUUACUGGAAAGAUCAAAGUUCUGGAAAGAAAAGUGUAACGACAAAAAGCCAUAAUUUUGAAGUAAGUGUUGACAGUGGAAAGAACUAUUGCUUCUAUGUGCAGGGAAUCAUUCCCUCCCGCAGAGAAAACCGUAAUGGCCAAGAAAGCAUGGUGCUCUGUACCAGUGCAGGGAGGAGUAUCUUAGAUGAAUAUGGAACAGAAGUCUUUAUCAUCCUAGGAGUGAUAGCAGUUGCAGUCAUCACUCUUGCUAUUGUCCUUCCAGUGGUUCUGUGUAAACGCAGGAAAGCAAAGAAAGCAAGAGCUGUGAGAGAAAAGGAGCUGCUUAAUGGUGUAUAA